AGCAGCCAUGUUUGUUUUCUAUCAGCCAGGCUAAACUAAAAAAGAGCCUUCGGACAAUUCCAGUCCCUUUGGUGAGAGGCAGUAGCUCUGUGAAAUCAUUUGAAAAAAGCAAUCAGUAUAUCACAAUUCAAGUGACACCAACUAACUGGCAGGAACUUCCGCAUGUAGUGGCAUUGCUGUAACUUGAAAAUUGUGCAACACCUUUAGUAAACACUUCCUCAUGUAGGAACAAGAAUAAAGCUGAAGGACCCAGUCUCCCUCCUUCACUGCAGAAGGCAGGGCAGGUUAAAGUAGGAAGAAGCUAGAGGCCAGUCUUUUUCCAAGCAAGGAGACCGCUUUCCAGGCUUAGCUGACAUGAUUAAAGUACUUCUGAUUUCUACAGCUUUGCUCCUUUCUCAACACCGAGGGACUGCACGAAAGGAAUUACCUGGGGUGAAGGACUAUGAAGUGGUAUAUCCACAAAAACUACACACGUUACAUAAAAGAGAUGUAGCAGGAAACCAAAAUCCCAACAAUGGGGCAAGAUAUGACGAUAGGAUGCAAUAUGAAAUUAAAGUCAACGGCGAGAAAGUGAUACUUCAUCUAGAAAAAAUAAGUAAGGAUCUAUUUGCCAAGGACUACUCUGAAACUCAUUACUCACAUGAGGGUCGAGAAGUGACAACAAGCCCUCAGAUCAAGGACCACUGUUUUUACGACGGUCACAUCCAAAAUGAUAAUGACUCAGAAGCAAGCAUCAGUGCCUGCAGUGGUUUGAAAGGAUAUUUCAAGACCCAUGGUCAAAGAUACCUUAUCCAACCCCUGAAGUUCACAGACAGCGAGGAACAUGCAGUCUUUAAAUAUGAAAACCUGGAAGAUGUUGAAGGCCCAAAAACUUGCGGCGUAACCAACACUACCUGGGAAUCAGAAGAUCCUAUCAAAAAGUCCUCUAGAUCCAGCACCAGUCUGGAAAAACAGGAAUACCUGAAAGCAAAGAAGUAUGUCGAAGUCUACAUAGUUGUAGACAAUGCUGCGUAUAGGAAGUACAACCGCAACAUGACGAGUAUAAGAACACGGGUUUUUGAAAUAAUCAAUUACAUCAACAUGGUUUAUAAAGCCAUAAACAUUCACGUGGCUUUGAUUGGUCUAGAAAUCUGGUCAGCUGGGGAUCCAUUCACUGUGAAUUCUUCAGCCGGCACCACCUUGGACAAAUUCUCAACAUGGCGUCAAACCAACCUGCUGAAACGGAAGAAUAAUGACAAUGCUCAGUUACUCACAGCGAUUGACUUUGAUGGGCCAACAGUAGGCCUGGCCUUUGUGGGAACCAUGUGCAGUUCUACUCAUUCCUCAGGCAUUGUUCAGGACCAUAAUUCCAAUUCAAUUUCAAUUGGAGCCACCAUGGCACACGAGAUGGGGCAUAAUUUUGGCAUGAAUCAUGACACUAGCUUCUGCAAAUGCAAUUCUGGAUCUUGUAUCAUGGCAGCACAACUCAGCUACAACAUCCCCAAGGAUUUUACUGCAUGCAGCCUCCAGGAUUUUCAGAAAUACAUUUUGGACCGAACACCAGUAUGCAUUACCAAUAUGCCUGCACUGAAAGACAUAGUAGCACCCUCUGUUUGUGGGAACAACUUUGUAGAGAAAGGAGAAGAAUGUGACUGUGGAACUCCAGAGGAAUGCACAAAUAACUGCUGUGAAGCUGCAACGUGCAAGCUGAAGCCGAAUGUCAAAUGUGCAUUUGGAGAGUGCUGUGAAAACUGCCAACUUAAAAGAGCAGGGACUCUUUGCCGACCUAUAAAGCAUGACUGUGACCUGCCCGAGCUGUGUACUGGCCGGUCCCACGAGUGCCCAGUGGAUCGAUUCAGAGUCAAUGGAUACCCUUGCAGAGAUGGCCAGGGUUAUUGUUACAUGGGGAAAUGCCCCACCCUGCUGAGCCAAUGCAUUGCUCUUUGGGGAUCAGGUGCUACAGUAGCUGUAGACUCUUGUUAUAGGACUAACCAGAACGGAGUUUAUUAUGGACACUGCAAAAAGGGGAACGGCACAUUCAUCCCCUGUGCAAAAAAAGAUAUACAGUGUGGGAAGUUAUUCUGUACUGGUGGUUCACAAAUGCCUACAGCUGGAAACCUACUAUCUUUUGACACAUGUAAAGGCAGUUUUCCCAACGACAAUAAUGAAGACGCAGGCAUGGUCGCUGCUGGAACUAAAUGUGGCAAUGGAAUGGUGUGCAGCAAGGGACAAUGUGUUGAUAUCGAGAGAGCCUACAAGUCAACCAACUGUUCCGCCAAGUGCAAUGGCCAUGCUGUGUGUGACCAUGAACUGGUAUGCCAGUGUGAAGAAGGAUGGGCACCACCCAACUGCGAUAGCUCUACAACAGUUCAAUAUUUCGCCAUCAUUGCCGGUGUGCUAGCUGCCCUUGCCGUCAUUGUGAUAAGUGCUGCUUUAAUCAUCCGCUACCGAAACACUAAGAAGAAGCAAGCUCAGAGUGGCCAGAGCAGAGGUGUAUCUGGAGAGACAAACCAAGGCUUCUCAGGGCAAGAACAGAAGAGAAGACCGAAUGCUGCACCUGUCCAGGAGGUCCACGACACAAGAUUCCUCCUUCCCACUCCUCCACGCCAGGCAAACAAGCCACAAGUCUAUGUUAAUAUCCCAGAGGAGAGAUCCAAUGGCAGGCCAGCCAUCCACCAAAAUACAAAAAUGCCUAUCGUAAAGCCAACCAUUCCACCACCUCCAGUUCCUACUGCCAAACCAAGUUUUUCUCCAGGCAUGGGCAAUUCUGUAGCACAGACGAAGUCCACUCCUUCACCAGUCCCUAAGGGCAAACCUGCACCCCCACCACAGGCUUUAAAACCACCAGUCAAACCCAGAGUAUGAAGCUACUGAAGAAGAAUUGAUCGAGAUUCCUGACAUUCUGAGGGACUGUUUCCAUCUCUGUUCACCUUGUGGUUCCUGCCUUUGCCAAGGGGAAAUGAUGAUAGUGCCAAUAACUUUUUUUUUGUAAAUGGACUAGCAAUUUCCUUGAAAGAAAAUGUGUUUUUUCAAAUAAUGUUGUAGUCCUUGGAUAGUGACAUCAGCCUGCCAUUCCUGGCUUUCCUGAUGAAAAGCUAGGGGAAUAGCAAACUGCACUGAGGGGUAGACCAUAUGUGAGUUAUUAAACCAGCUCAGUAUAUGUUUUAGGUUGGACAUUAAAAAAAAACAUCUUAACUGUCAGGGUGGUGGUUAAGCACUGGAAUAAAUUGCUUAGGGAGGCUGUAGAAUCUCUGUCAUUGGAGAUUUUUAAGAGCAACUUAGACAAACACAUCAGGGAUGGUCUAGAUAAUACCUUAUAUUAUAAUAAUAAUAGUCCUACCAUGAGUGCAGGGGACUGGACUAGAUGACCUCUCCAGGUCCCUUCCAGUCCUAUGAUUCUAUAGUCUAAGAUUUGGGAAAGUCUGUAAAUUGCAAACUACAUGUAAAGUUAAAGGACCAUCAAAGUAGCUGGAUCAAUGACCCAACAUUACCUUCAGUGGUGAACAAUACCUGAUGUUUCAAAAGGAGGUGCAAAGCUGUCCAUAGUAGAACAAAAUUCCUUCCUGACCCUUGGAGGAAGUCAGCUUGUAUCAUUGAAGCAUGAGGCUGGAUUACCUUCCUGUUGGUCAGUUCAUUAGCUCUUGCACUGAUUGGCAAUGCUUGAGAAGUAUUUUGGUUUGGAAAAGAUCCUUUGGGAUUAUAGUACCCCUUUAUUCUCAAUCACUUAAAAGGCCCCACAGUGAGCCAUUUUGAGUUGGGAAGAUUGGAGACAUGAUCAGAGACUGUAUGAGAGUCAACCAGCUAGUUGCUUGGAUCACAGGUCUCCUGGAGAGCAUGCUUUGCCAGCCUGACAUGGAACUUCAGAUGCCAUAAUUGAACUCCAAGGACAAUGAAAUAAAAUCCCUUAAUUUGUUUUA